AUGAGUAGCAUCUUUCCGGGCGACAAGCCCCCAGAGCGUUUACUCAGGAGUAACGCACCACCCGUCUUAAAUCCACCUUCUCCUCAGAAACUCUUUAAUCAUAUUCGCAGAACAAUCCUAGAAUCAAACGAGAGUACGGACUUGACUUUCGACGGGAUCCCUCCAGAAACAGGUUAUGUGGUAACCAUCUCCCUCUGCGAAGAUCCAGAUAUUGAGCGCGUCUUUCCAAGAAUUUCAUACAACUCCCAUAGUCAAACUAUCACAAUCGGGGUCAUGCCUACGCCCAUCCAUAACGCUCAUUCACCGUGGAUCACGCAUGAAUUGUAUCACAUGCGGGACACCGGAUUCUUAACGGCACAGGAAUUAUAUAGUCUUGAAUUUUGCGUGGGCACAUCAUUCAGAGGGUUUCAAGGCCCUUAUGCAAACUCGGUAAAGGAGCCCGAUGCAUGUAUAGUUCCGAGCCAACGAUAUUUCCCAACUGUUGUCAUUGAAACAGGAUGGACGGAGUCCUGGCCAAGACUUGUGCGCGACAAAGAUUUGUGGCUACAAGGCGCGCCUGUAGAGCUUGUCAUUCUCAUCAAAUGGUCUAAAAUUUCAAACGAUCGCGUUAAAGGGGACUUCGAAAUCCAUGAACGGGGUCCUGGUGGAUCAAAUCUAUUACAAAGCGAGCUACUGCCCCCGCCUCGUACUCCGCAUCCUGCUGAUUACAUGGCAACAAUCUGCGCCAACAUAGAUCCCCCGCGUGGAUCGUUAUUAUAUAUCAUCAUUGGGCCUUGGCCUGCUAUUGACUCGGCAUUUUCUUCCCAUUUUAAAGCUGCCUCAAUAAGUAUCAACAGGGCAGGAAUAUACCUCGUUCAUGACAAUGAGCUCCUUGCCUCCACUACAUCUACUAGUGCAUCAGGUAUGCGACAGAUAUAUCACCGCAACGCAAAUGUGAAAAAGGGCGAUUGGUAUUUAACUCUAUACGCUUCUGCUUCCAAUGCACAUACUGUUCAUACAGAAAUCAACAAGGAGAAACACGGCUUUCGGCGCCGCGUUAUGGAGCAUGCUUUUUCUGAUGCUGCGCUGAGGUCUUCUGAAGAGUUUAUCGUUGAUAAUGUCAAAACAUGUUGUGAUCAACUCAGCAAGACGGCCGCAUCUCCAGGAGCAUGGGGAGUUCCCCAGAACAUGAAUGACUGGAGUACUUACUUGAGCUAUGAUAUUAUGGGAGACUUGACGUUCAAUACAAAGUUCAACUGCAUGAAGAGCGAAGACAGCCGAUAUGUUCCUGCUCUUAUUAUUACUGCGACCCAAUUUCUUUAUAAUCUCGGCUAUUUGCCAUUUGCUAGAUUUGUUCGUCCUCUACUUGGUAGCAAACUAUUGGAAAUCCUCGGGGGAAAGCUAGCCCAGGAUGGAAAGCGUUAUACGGCCUAUGCCGCCGACCAAUUGUCUCAACGUCUCAAAGCCACUGAAAUGAAUGAUCCUGAUUUCCCUAAGAAAGACUUGAUGCACUACCUAAUCAAUGCAAAGGAUCCGGAGACAGGAAAUGGGCUCAGUCGCGCUGAACUUGCCGCUGAGACUAGUCUUCUAAUAGCAGCUGGGUCCGAUACAACAUCAACAGCCCUGUCUGGAGUCAUCUUUUAUCUUCUUCAUUACCCAGAGUGUUUAGAAAGGGCCACGACUGAGAUUCUAUCUACAUUUAGCUCUAUCGAGGAAAUUCGCGGUGGAAGCAAGCUCAAUAACCUUACCUACCUACGAGCAUGCAUUGACGAAACGCUGAGACUCAGCCCAUCGAUACUAAGCGGCUUGAUGGUAGAGACGCUACCCGGGGGCAUCACUGUUGAUGGGAAUUACUUUACGGAGGGAACCACGCUUGGAGUUUCUCCGUAUGUCAUCCAUCGUAAUGCAGAGUAUUUCUCUUCUCCGUAUGAGUUUCGGCCAGAGCGAUGGAUUGCCACCGAUAAGCCAUGUUCAGUUAUCGCUGAGGAUGAUAAAAGAACCGUUGAAGAAGUUUCCAAUGCUCGAUACGCAUUUUUCGCAUUUAGUGCCGGGCCUCGGGGCUGUAUUGGGAAGAAUCUGGCUUACCUGGAACUUCAGAUUACCCUUGCAACCCUCCUCUUCAAGUUUGAUAUCCGCAUACCUCAGGACGAAAAAUUGAGGCAAAUGAGUGGAGGAGGAACGCUUACCAGCAAGCAUCCAGGCCGACGUAGGAGUAGUGAAUAUCAGCUACAAGACCAUUUUGUACCAUUGAAGAAGGGACCAAUGGUUCAAUUCAGGGAGAGGGAUCGCUCAGCUAAUGAUGCUUGA